AUGAUGUCAGACGAAAUGCUGCUCGAGAAUAAUCUACAACCACAUCGACGCGCUGUUCUCGAAUAUGAAUUCGGCGAACCAUCUUCAUUCAGUUAUCUGAUUGGCAAUACGAAGCCAGUAUAUAUCGGUAUAACUUCAUAUACGGUGUCGCCUGUCCGCUAUCUUUUUCUUGGUAGUGGUGAUCUACGUAAUAUUUUAGAUCUUGUUCGAACUUCUUCAACUGUACAUGAAUGGGACUUUACCUUAUCGACAUCAAUCUUUGCAUUGUUGCACAUUCUAACACCUAUGCUACAAUUGAUAUUAUUUGUAUGUGAUGAGAGUGCAAUAUUGCAACUUGUACGCUCAAUGCAUAAUAGUGAGUUUCGACAAACAACAACUACGACAGCUGAAAGUAGUCAAAUAGAGUAUAGUUUGCGUGCAGUGUGUUGUGGUCGUCAAUGUUUACGUUGGUACAAGACAAAAACAGGCAAUCACCACUCGCCAACAGAUAUCCGUACUUACGGCGAUAUCCUAUUUCUCUACGAAGGUAUUUUCGAUUAUUGCAAUCGACCAGGACUUGCUGUAUCUUAUUUGGAUUUGAAUGAUAUUGAAGAAACAAACGUUGCGGACAUGACACGAUUGGUAAGGACACUCAGUAUGAUAGAAUUACAUAGACAAGCUGAGAAUAUUAGUGGAGCACGACAAAAUUCAAUUCUUCGUCAUUCCGAUUACAAUGCAUUUGAUAUAAAAGCUUCAGCAGAAGAGUUUGAUCUCAUGCGAAAAUUUUUCAAACAAAAUUCGAGACAAACGCAAGACGCUCGUCAACAUGAUUUAAUCGAGCCCUGA